AGCCUCAACUGCAAUCGAUAGCAGAGUCCGCUGAUGCAACGUCUCUGACAGCCGGUGCUCUCCUCACUCACGCCUCCCCUGCGGCCACAUUUGGAGUCAAAUCUGCACCAUGGCGGAUCAGCUCAGUCCUGAUGAGAAGUUCCACCUCAUCACCAGGAAUCUCCAGGAGGUGCUUGGAGAGGAGAAGCUGAAGCAGGUCCUUCAGGAGAGAGAACUCAAGGUUUACUGGGGCACUGCAACCACUGGGAAGCCACAUGUCGCCUACUUUGUUCCCAUGUCCAAGAUCGCUGACUUCCUAAAGGCUGGAUGUGAGGUUACAAUUCUGUUUGCAGACUUGCAUGCCUACUUGGACAACAUGAAGGCCCCGUGGGAACUGCUGGAGCUCCGGGUGAAAUACUAUGAACAAGUGAUCAAGGCCAUGCUGGAGAGCAUUGGUGUACCUCUGGACAAGCUCAAGUUCAUCAAAGGAACAGAUUAUCAGCUGAGCAGAGAGUACUCCCUGGACGUGUACCGCCUGUCCUCCAUGGUGACCGAGCAUGACGCUAAAAAGGCAGGGGCUGAGGUGGUGAAGCAGGUGGAGCAUCCUCUGUUGAGCGGUCUGCUCUACCCUGGGCUGCAGGCUCUGGAUGAGGAGUACUUGAAGGUGGAUGCUCAGUUUGGAGGAGUCGACCAGCGGAAGAUCUUCACGCUGGCAGAGAAGUACCUACCGUCUCUGGGCUACGCCAAGCGCUCACAUUUAAUGAACCCCAUGGUACCAGGACUGACUGGUGCCAAGAUGAGUUCCUCAGAAGAAGAGUCAAAAAUCGAUCUCCUCGACUCCAAGGAAGACGUGAAGAAGAAGCUGAAGAAAGCGUUCUGUGAGCCCGGAAACAUCCAGAACAAUGGAGUUCUAUCGUUCGUCAAAUAUGUUAUCUUUCCUCUCCGUGGAGAGUUUUGCAUCAAAAGGGACCCGAAGUGGGGCGGUGACAAGGUCUUCACUGUUUUUGAGGAGUUGGAGAAAGAGUUUGCUGAGGAGUUGAUCCACCCUGGAGACCUGAAGGCCUCAGUUGAAGUGGCUCUCAACCAACUGCUAGAGCCCAUCAGGAAGAAAUUUGAGUCGCCAGAGCUUCGCAAGCUCACCAACUGUGCUUACCCGGACCCCUCGAAGACGAAAGGAGCAGGGAAAGGUAACAAGGUGGCAGGGGGCGCUGUCGAGGAGGAGCUGGUUCCCUCCAGACUGGACAUCCGUGUUGGCAAGGUCAUCAGUGUGGAGAAGCACCCAGAUGCCGACUCACUUUACCUGGAGAAGAUCGACGUGGGCGAGGCAGAACCGAGAACAGUUGUCAGCGGUUUGGUGGCCUACAUUCCGCAGGAGGAUCUGCAGGACCGGAUGGUGGUGCUGCUGUGCAAUCUGAAGCCUCAGAAGAUGCGUGGGAUUGAGUCUCAGGCCAUGCUGCUGUGUGCCUCUAUUGAAGGGGAGCCGAGAAGAGUGGAGCCUCUGGAUCCUCCUGAGGGGUCCUCUCCCGGGGAGCGGGUAUUUGUGGAAGGGUAUGAGGCGGGACAGGCAGAUGACAAACUCAACCCCAAAAAGAAAGUGUGGGAGAAGCUACAGGUGGACCUGAAUAUCUCGGACAACUGUGUGGCACAGUGGAAAGAGCAGCGGCUGGUGACCAAGCUGGGACAGAUCACGUGUAAGACACUAAAGGGAGGAAACAUCAGUUAGGAGUUGUUGGUCUAGUAUUUUGUGUCAAACGUCCUCCUGACUCUCCUGGGUCAGUGCUGCGGCCUGUUCUCCACAAUCAUGCUUUGAACCCCCGUCCACUCUCGCUUCUUUACACAGCAGUGGCGUGAUGAAUCUGAAGCGCUAUAAAUCAUGUUGUCACUGUGAAGUGUCACUGUUGCCCAUUGUAACAAUGGCAUGAUAAUAAAAUGGAAAACCUUUCCGGUGUCAGCAAAGGGGAAUUAAGUCAGCGUUUCAUCUUUUGUCGUGAAUGAAUGGGAAGUGACCAUGGGCUGAUAACUCCGCAGCAGUGAAGGUUUAGCUGAGGAACCAUUGUCACACUUGGUCUCAGAAAUUAAUGCUAGUUCAAUUCUGUGCUUUCAUUUAUCUUCUUGUUAUCUAAAUAUUUUAAUAUAAGUCUGAGAGGAGCUCAAAGAACAACACAGUCGGUUUCAUCUGUAUCAUUUCCCCUCAUAUCCUGAGGAAAAAAUAUAUUGUCUUGUUCAGGUACCCAACAUCCCAAGCUUGCAUGUCACCAUGAUCAUUGACAUUCCAAUUAUGCCAAGUCAUCAUGUUUGUAAUCCCUGCUUUUAAAAUGUGUCUCAUCAGAACGUGUCAUGAACCUGGUCAUGUUUUGAGAGAAAAUGAAAGCACACGACAAAUUUGCAAUAACUUUAUUUAUGGAAUUAACACCUACAUUUUUUUUCAUCCAUACCAAAAAUAAAUGCAACACUUAAAUUUACUCCCAUUUGCAUUUUUCUAAAGGAAAUAUUUAAAUAAGCUCUUGAAUAGAAGCGUCUGCUGGCAUUAAAGGUAAAAAUGUGUGGAGGAUAAAACCUGCAAAACAUUUUACCAGCAGUCAAAAAGUCAGUCCAUUUAUUUGGCGAGACGAUUGCACUGAUCUUGCUGCUGCACACGAUACAAGUGAA